AUGCGCGACCGUUCAAACACUGAUAUUGCAAAAGCCAAACAGGAGAUAGAGAAAAUCUGUAAGGCAUCCCAGGGUCGCAGUGUGAUUUGUUUAUUCGGCAGCUCAAGCUACAAGGACAGUGUGCGGCACUGGCUUGUGAGCAGCAGUGAAAAUGCAUAUGUUGCUGUCCAGCCUGGUAGUGUCGAUGAUUUAUCAGCAAUAAUUAAAGUUUUGGCAAGGCGAAAGGUUCCAUUUGGGAUCAAAGGUGGUGGACAUGCUACCAGUCCUCGUCUUAGCUCUACUUCUGGAAUCCAGAUCUAUAUGGCCCGAUUUGAUCUAAUUCAAUACAAUAGUGCCACAGACACAGUAGAUAUUGGUGCUGGGUGCCUCUGGGAUCAGGUGUACAAAGAAUUGUUGCCAUAUAAGCGUAGCGUAGUUGGAGGCUCCACGUCUGAAGGAGUAGGUGUGGCCGGUUGGCUAUUGGGUGGCGGUUAUUCGCUCAAAACAAAUCAAUAUGGUCUUGGAAUUGAUAAUAUUGUUGGGUUCGAGAUUGUGAUGCCAAGUGGCAAUGUCAUCAAUGUUAGGCAGGGCGAAAUUAAACACAAGGACCUCUUUGAAGCGCUGAAGGGUGGUGGCAAUAAUUUUGGCAUUGUGACGAAAUUCAUUAUCAAUACUUUUUACGAGGAUAAAACCUAUACUUUUAGAUAUACGUUCAGUUCAUAUUUCCCAGAGGUCAAGGCUGCCAUCGCAGAUUUUGCAAAGUAUGAAAUAAGGAAGAAAGCCGCCUUGGUUUCUGCAUUCAUGCAUGAACUUGAGCAAGGUUCUAUCAAGUCAACUAUCAUGGUUCUUGGAGUCUAUGAUGGCCCUAAACCAAAUCCUGAUCCUUUUAGACGUUUCGAUCCAAUUGCCAAACUUGAAGAGGCUGCUCAAACACGUCUCUUCCAAGGCAGCACCACAAACAACGCCAGAGAUAUGCCCCAAUACCAACUGGAUAAUCCACUCGGCCACUUUCAUCCUCCUCGAAACCAAAAUGGUACAAAUAGCCAGAAUCCUGGCAUGUCUGGGGUAGGGGAAAUCACAAGUUGUGGCCGAUUUGCAUGCACUAUGGUGUCACAUUACACAACAAAACUAAUAGAGACAAUCGCCGAGCAGGCACAGAAAAAGGCCGCAAAGAUGAAGCGACAUAGGGGGAAACUAGUCUGUAUUGAUGUUUGGCCAUUUCUUCCUUCUAUAUUUGAGAAGAGCACUCCAUCCGCAUGGCCUCAUCCCAUUGGGAAAUCAUACAGCCCCUGCAUAGUAUACUUUUUAUGGGACAAACCGGAGGACGACCAAUACUGGCUAAAGCAGAUGAAUUCUGCUUUAAAAGCUAUACACAAGGUCGCCAUCAAGGAGAAGUGCACGAAGAACUAUCCCAUGUAUCUCAAUACUUCACUCGACACUACUCCUGUCGAGCGUAUAUAUGGCCGUAUGAAUCUUGGACUGCUCAGUAAAAUACGAAAAACAUAUGACCCCGAUGACGUUAUGGGCCAUGCUUCUGGAUUCAAGAUUCCUCUUCCUGAUAAAAUACCUGACAUAGACUUCCAGUCAGAUCACGAAGUCAGCGAUGAUGAACCUGACCUUUCAGACGGCAGCGAGGAUGAACCUGACCUUUCAGACGAUGAUCCUAACCUUUCAGACGGCAGCGAGGAUGAACCUGACCUUUCAGACGAUGAUCCUAACCUUUCAGACGGCAGCGAGGAUGAACCUGAAUCCCCCAAUUCAGUGCUUAAGAAGCUUAAAUCUAACCAACCUCUCUAUCAGGAAGCGGAACAGUAUUUUAAAGAGAGAUGGGUCAAUCCCGACAAGCGUUCUCCUUCCAUUCGCAGCAUCUACGAAGUAGUAUACCGAAGUGACCGGGCUCAAUACCACGUUAGCCGGUAUUCGGAUUACUUAAAAAGCCUACGCAACAAUAGCCCAGUGGAGCAGAAACUUUUUCAUGGACAAGCCCGUGCUUGUACUAUUGGAGAUGAUACCAACGGCAGGGCUCAUGGAACUGCCAAGAAAAAUGGAUACUGGGGAUGGGGUAUUUACACUACAUCUGCCUCUAAUAAAGCCGACCAUUUCUUCCGGGACGUCAACAACACGUCGCCAUAUCGGCUUGUUUUCUUAAGCAAGGUUGCCGUUGGUUUAAGUAUGCGAGCCGAUCGAAGGAAUGAGAAUUUGAAGCGAGCUCCUCCAGGAUACGAUUCAAUUGAUGCAUUGACCAUGGAACAAGGUGGAGUGGUCAAGUACUCUGAGGUGGUAGUAUAUCCCGACGAAGCCAUGUGCCCAUAUGUCGUCAUUGUGUACAGCCUGUGAGGUCGUCUGAAGAUAUUGUCGUAAUGGCGAAUAUAUGGUUGCUGAGGGGCUGUGUCAGCGAAGGAAGCAUUGGCCGAUACGGCUGAUUCUUAUAUCGCUGAUUCUGCUAUUCGUAAGAUUCGAUGGAUCCUGAUACGAAUUGUAUCCGCCUGUCAUAUCGCUGUCGUAUGACUGUUGACUGUUCUGUUGAUAUGUUCUGCAGAUAUCUGUUGUGACGUUGC